AUGGUUGGAAUGCAGGUAAAAGAAUGCAAGAGGAGUAAGGAGCUGAGUUUGACAUCAAUCACCGAGGAAUAUUUUCAGGUAACAAUGAUGACAUCCUAUCGUGUUCAAAAGUUUAUAGCUGGCAUGUUUCUUGUUUUCAAUGAUGUUGGAAGAGGCACUGGAUUUGGUCUUGGUUCACUUCUUUUGGAGCUUCUGUAUAGUGAUUUUGACCAGAAAUUCGAGUUGGGUUUCACGGUCUACUCUUCUCCUCAAGUCUCUACUUCUAGUGUUAAGUCCUACAGCAGUGUUCUCUCAACUCACUCUUUUUUGGAGCACACCAAUAUAAUUGUUCUUCUUGACAAUGAGGCCACCUAUGACAUUUGCAGGCAGUUUCUUGACAUCGAAUGGGUGUCUUUCACCAAUUUUAACCAUCUUGUCUCUUAG